UGUCACUCUCUCUUGACCUUUAACACUGCCGGCGUGGCCCACACAGCAGCCCCAUGGGUCUUCUCAAAAUCCCAAUCUGCCUUCAAUCGUUUAGGAACAAAACUCAGAGUUUCAGAAAUGGUAUAAACAUUUGCCUGACCGUCUGAUUAAGCUCUCACCGAAAGAAGAAAGAUUCAAAAAAACCAGAUCAUCUCACCAUAAAACCGACGAAACCGACAAAAAAGUAGAUUCAUCUGUUCGAAAUCAGAAACCCUUAGCACUUUAAAUCCACACACACAAAGUGAAAUGUUGACAGGACAACAAACUGUAGCAAUCACCUCAGGAAACAAAUAGAUCCUGACAAUAAAUAGAUCUCUCUCUCCGCUGUGACUGGAUCUACGAUAGAGUAUAAUAUUCUACUUCAGGUUUUCCACAUUGCUGAAUUUUCUGUGUAGGUAAAAAAAAAUACUGGAAAUGAUCAGAUUUACACGUGGUUAUUCAGUAUGAAAUAGGACCUGCGGUUUAAAACAGAAACACUACAGAGAGUAAUUAGCUGUGGCAAUGUAAAUCAUACCAAAAAGGAAGGCAUGUAGAAAAGAACGAACACAUUGAGCAUAAGUUAAAUUUAAAAAUCCAAGGCAUUUUGUCUUGAGGCAUCUUUGAGCUCGCCGAGCAGACACUGGAAGCAAAACUCCCCUCCUGGGAUGGAAAAAUUUAUGGGCAAGAAGUUACGGUCACAAUUAAAUGGUGGCAGACAAGGCCAAGGGGGAUUUGGUCCCUUUAUGAGUCUUUUGAUGGAUGAACGCGUGGGGACGGCAACCAGUAGGCAACAGAACAAUGUGGGAAGGGUGAUAAAGAGAGGAAAGAGCAUCGCCAUGACAGAAGCGUUGGCUAGAGCAGAGACAAUGGCUGGGUUCACCAGAGAGAGUGCUCCCUUCCACAGCACCUGUUUAUUAUCAUAUAAAAAUCAGGUUGUGCGCAUUUCCCUAUUGAACUUCUUUGUGAAAUAAACUUUUAUAACAGUAAAAAAAAAUAAAAUAAAAUAAAAUUCAAACCUGACCACCGCAAUUCCUCUGCUUCAAUGGCUUCCAACUAAUCUCAAAAUUCUGACUCCCCGACUUGGCCCACUGAGUGCUCACAGUAGGACCCCUCCGUGGCUCCAGCCCCCACGGCCAUAGGGCCUGUAACCAUCUCCUGGACCACAUCCUCCUCUUUACCUCAGGCUAGCUGAUUUCUCAGCCUUCCAGAAUCUUCUGGGGGAGCCCCCCACCGAAACCUGCUAUCUCCUCAGGCACAACACUCCCCUUUACUUCUCCUUCUCUCAAGCUGCCAUCCUUUUGUUUAUGAGGGACUCUGCCAUAUAACCAGGGAACCCCAGCUCCUAGCUCAGUGCUGAGCCCAGAGGGGCUAGUCCCCAGAGGCUUAUUUAGGCUUCCCACAAAGAUUAUCAAAACAGGAGCUUAUCCGCACAAUGACAGUCCACAUAUGAGCCAAGAUUAAAGGCCCCAUAAACCCUGAACACAUGAAGGGUCUCAAUAGAACAACUGAUUAACUGAGGGGCUUUUCGUGCAAAUCACUCCCCCUUGGAAACCCAGCUCUAGAUUAUCUGGGACAUUUUCUCUUCAGACGGACGGUUAUUUCCUUCAAAGUGGAUGAGGAAAUUGUUCCUGGGAGCUUUGGAAGACCGUCAUGAAGGAAAACUCAAGUUGUUAAGCUCCCUGGGAUUAAUGCCUUUUGUCCCUAACUAAAUAAAAUAAUUAUAUUAACCAAGGAUGGAGGGCGGCAUGGAACAACCCUUUCAGAGAGUGACAGUAGCAAUCAGGCAGCACUCCCUUUAUCUGCAAAAUCUCACAAGUGUUCUCGUGGUUCCUUCCAGGUCCCGGGUAGGUCUGUGCUGUGCUCCUCCCUCAAAAGCAAGAUGUGGAGUGAGGCUUGCUACACCAGUGGGCUAGGAGGCGGAUGUGAGGUGUGCCCUUUCCGGUGGAAGCUUUAGGAGCCCACGGGUGCCUCCCAGGGCCCUCGCCCUGCCCUGCUGGUUAUAGAAGCGUGUUUCUAGGCAGAGCCUCAUGGGUCUGGGUCCCUGAGUGACAGUAAAGAGCAGAACCCCCCAUCAGUCCACACUGGAUACAUAGCAUUAGUGGGAAAUAAGACAUUAUUUUUAGCCACUGAAAUUUUUGAUCGCUCCUGACCGCGACGUAAUCCAGCCAUUCUGGACUGACACCAUGAGCUGACCUGUCACUGGCAGCUGGAAUUGUAAAUGGUCGUUAGGCUCCUAUCACAGACAGGAGGCUACAGGCCCUCAGACGGUGGAGGCUGGAGCCCCACACCCAUGAGGAGGUGAGGCCAGACUCUCGGCAUCUUCCAACCAACAGUUACUCAUGGAUAUGCAUUAUUUGUCAGACACUGAGCUAAGUGCUAGGGAUACGGCGGACUGUUGCGAGAAAACUCCUAUGGACGCCGUGAGGAGGGGCCCCCUGGCAAGAUGAACAAAGUCAGGAAAGCAGCGAGGUAGCCGGCAAGGUGGAGAGGAAAGGAGAGAUGGCCUGGGCCUCAGAAGGAGCAGCUCUGCAUGUGGACAGGACAGUACGGGUGACUCAGCCAUCAGACCGACUCCUGCAGGCACUCUCCCAAGUGCUUCCCGUGUGGUCACACCCUGUGUCCUCACAGCUCCCUAGAAGACAGGCCACACCAUUGCUGUCAUUUCAUAAGCAAGGAAAGUGGCAGGAAAUUGGAAGGAAGGAAGGAAGGAAGGAAGGAAGGAAGGAAGGAAGGAAGGAAGGAAA